UAAGUGUGUGAGAGAGAAACAUGGGAAAACAGAGCUUAGAAACUCCAUUUUUGAACCCUGCAGAAGAUACCAAAACCAGAAGCAAAUGGAGACCAACAAUUUGGUUCUUCAUUUCACUCAUAUCCAUAACUUUUCUAUGUUAUACGGUAGGAGGCAAAUUAAGUCCAUUGAGUUUAAAUGGUUGGAAGGAGGAGACACAAUCCGAUGGUAUCGUUGAGUCGUUGGAAGCGGUGGUUGCCGCAGACGAUGCUCGUUGUUCGGAGAUUGGUGCAUCGGUUCUUAAAGAUGGCGGUCAUGCGGUGGAUGCUGCCGUGGCGGUGGCUUUAUGCGGCGGGGUUGUCAAUCCGAUGGCUAGCGGUAUUGGAGGAGGGGGGUUUAUGGUCGUCCGAUCGGCAGAUACAUCACAAACUCAAGCAUUCGAUUUCAGGGAAACGGCUCCUGCAGCUGCUUCACAGAACAUGUAUCAGAACAAUCUUGAUGAGAAAUAUAACGGGGCGCUAGCGAUGGGUGUCCCUGGCGAGAUCGCUGGACUUUAUGAAGCUUGGUUGAAAUACGGUCGACGACCAUGGAAAGAGUUGUUCCAGCCCGCUAUUCGUCUUGUCAAAGACGGGUUUUUAGUCGCUCCUUAUCUCGCCAAUUCACUCUCAGGCAAUGCUGACACAAUCAUGAAAGACCCAGGCUUACGACAUGUGUACGCUCCAAAUGGGAAAGUUUUACAAGCAGGCGAAACGUGUUACAACCAUCAGCUUGGUUUGAGCUUGGAAGCCAUAGCAGAAGGAGGUCCCGAGGCUCUUUAUAAUGGUGCGAUAGGGGAGAAGCUUAUUAGCGAUGUCCAAUCUGGUGGCGGUAUCUUAACGAUGGAUGAUAUGAGGAACUACAAAGUGAAAGUUACAGAUGCGGUUGAAGUGAACACGAUGGGGUUCACCAUUCUCGGGAUGCCACCCCCGUCAAGCGGUACACUCGGGCUAGCUAUGGUAUUAAAUAUCUUGAAUGGCUACGAGGACACAAAUGGUGCGAAGGGAGCGUUGGGUUUACACCGAUUCAUAGAAGCCUUGAAACAUAUGUUUUCUUAUCGGAUAAACUUGGGUGACCCGGAUUUUGUCGAUAUAAGUAAGACUACAUCCGAUAUGCUCUCUCCUUCGUUUGCAGACAAAAUCCGAAAACGGAUUUUCGAUAACACCACUUUCCCUUCAGAAUAUUACUUACCCAGGUGGAGUCAGAUUCAAGAUCAUGGUACAAGUCAUUUUUGCAUAGUAGAUGCAGAUAGAAAUGCUCUAUCCAUGACAACGACCGUUAACUACCCGUUUGGUGGCGGUGUUCUAUCUCAGGCGACCGGAAUUCUGCUAAACAACGAGAUGGCAGACUUUUCGGUACCCACAGAAGUAUCCCCCGACAGUCUUCCUCCUUCCCCUACAAAUUUUAUCAGACCAAACAAGAGACCGUUAUCCUCGAUGACUCCAAUCAUCAUUGUAAAGGAUGAUCAAUUGGCGGGGGUUCUUGGAGGGAGUGGCGGGUUGUACAUAAUUCCAGCCGUUAUACAAGUCUUCCUUAACCAUUUCGUCCUCGGAAUGGAGCCUUUAGAUGCUAUUCAGUCUCCAAGAGUCUAUCACAAGUUGAUGCCGAAUGUUGUAUACUACGAAAACUGGACAAUGAUCGAUGGCGAUCAUAUCGAGCUUUCGAACUACCGGAAGAAAUUUUUGAAAGAAAGGGGUCAUCAAUUGGAGUCAAAAGCAGGGGGAGGAGUCAGUCAGCUUAUCAUUCAAACACUUAAUAAACCAAUCGAAAACAGAAAAAUGUCUUACAAUCAUAAACAAGUUUUGAAAGGGAUGCUUACAGCUGUAAGUGAUCCAAGGAAAGACGGCAAGCCUGCUGCUUGCUGAUGAUUGUUGAUUUGUCUUCUGACUGAUUUCGAGGCAUUCUUGUUCUGUUAAGAUGCUUUGUUCAUAAGUUGUAUUGGUGCUAGAAUAUAGCCUUGCUUGUUUCAACAAUAUAGCCAUUCAUGACCAUUUCCUCGAGCAUGAAGUGAGCUUUC